AACGCUUUUGAACAAUCGUAUGUAACUUGCGUUUUACUUCAUUGUUGUGAGCCGCGAACAUAACUCUUGUAACACAAGUAGCAACAUACAUUGGAACGUACUCCGAGGAGCUUACUAUUAAGGCAUUAAACCUCCUACUUGACCAUCAUGUCGGAGACAGGUCAAGCUUUAACCACAGAUGGAGUGCCGCACGAUUUGGAGGGCGGCGCUGGGGCCGCCGAUGAAGAGGCCGAGCUUGCAAAGCUGGAGGCGCAGCUUUAUGGCAACGGUGAUUAUGAAGGAGAACAUGGUAGUGAAGAUGCCGGCAAUACAGAGGCCCAGGACGGCGAUGCAGCUGGUGCAGCUCCCCUCUCCAAGAGCCAGAUGAAGAAGCGCGCGCGGCUAGAGAAGCCCCCUCCCAGGAUGAUGGCUCGGCGGCAGGAGUGUCGCGCUCGCGAGAAGGCAGCCCGGGCGGAGCGGCGUGCGGCGGCCAGCGAGCGCAAGGCGGCGGAGCUGGCGGAGCUGAGCGAGGAGCAGCGGGCGGCGCUCAGGGAGGAGAGCAAGGCCAAGCUGCAGGCGCAUCGCGACCAGGAGCGGCAGCUCAAGGAGCGCCUCAAGCAGGCCCUGGACAGCGGCCCCCGCAUCGUGAUCGACCUGGACUGGGAGGCCCGCAUGACCCCCGGCGACAUGCGCCACCUGGCGCAGCAGCUCGCCUUCUCCUACGCGGCCAACAAGGCGGCGGAGCGGCCCGCGCACCUGAUGCUGACCAGCUUCAAGGGGGGCGUGGCGGAGGUGGCCAACAAGAUGAUCUCGGGCAUGGACAAGUGGUUUGUGACCCGCAGCGAGGCGCACUACUCCUCCCUCUUCGCCGACCCCGCCCAGCGCAGCCGCCUGGUGUACCUGACUGCUGACGCGGCGGAGGAGCUGGAGGAGCUGAGCGAGGACAAGGUGUACAUCGUGGGGGGGCUGGUGGACCACAACAGGUACAAGGGGCUGUGUGAGAACGCGGCCAAGGCUGCCGGCAUCGCCACCGCCCGCCUGCCCAUCAACCGCCAUAUCCAGCUGGCCAGCCGUGCCGUACUAACGGUCAACCACGUGGUCCAGAUCCUAGUGGAGUAUUACAACCGGCGGGACUGGGCUGCCGUACUGGACCACGUGCUGCCCAUGCGCAAGCGGGCAGAGUACCAGCAACAGCAGCAACAGCAGGGCAAGCAGAAGGGGGGGCAGCGAGGGAAGGGGCAGCAGCAGGAGGGCGAGGCGAAGGAGGAUACUGCGGCGGCAGAAGAGGCGGGAACGUGGGUGGUGGGCUUCGAGGAGGAGGAGGCCGGCAAGGUUGAGGGCGCUGGAACGACGGGGACGGCCUCGGAAGUUGCGGCAGCAGAUACGGGGGCGGAAGUGGGUUCGUCGGAGGCUGGAGGCGGAGAGGGUGAGGCUGUUACGGG